AAGUCAUGGAAGUAGACAAUGAACUAUAAAGCAAGAAAUGGAAGUUACCAGAGAGCUUUAGUGUGUGUGUGGAUUAAUGUAUUUGUUGCAGUAAUAACAGUAUUUUCGCAUGUAAAAUAAAUACCAGCUGACGUGAGUUCGCGCGGUUCUUUUCUCUUCAAUCUGCGAGGAAUCAGCUUCUACAGUUGCGCCUCGAGUCUCUUUGAAAAAAAACCCCGUGUGUCGGCGGUGAAUCGUCAACUAUGUCACGUUGAAACCACCUGAGAGUGUUGAGAUGGAUUUACCAGUGGAGGCAACGGUGCGCUUGGACCUUUUCCCCAACGAGGCAGAGGUGCGAGACAUCCUCCGGUCGCAUGGCUUUGCGUUGACGGACGUGAGCGGCGAUCAGGUGCGUGUGAAGGGCUCCUUUUGGAGCCUUAAGGCCGCGAAGGCCUCCUUGGAGCCGCUCCUCCGCAUGCAAACCAUCUCUCCGAAUCCGGAGGCUUCCUCUGGAGCCAUUUCCAAACGCUCCGCCGACAAGAGCUCAGUGUCCCGUGGGGCCCGCGGCCGAGUCCAGCCUCCGCCUGCCGAGCCGUCCUCUCCGGGCGCCACCGCGUCUUCACCCGUCAAACGUCCAUCCCCUCCAGAUAACAGCGCUUCCUUUUCUCCACCACCGGACCGGCGCAGCUCCUUCGGGCCCAGGAGAGAGUGCGUUGUAGUCGACAUGGAUGUGUUCAGGUACGCCGACCGGCUCCGUAAAAAGAACAUUGAAGAAAUUCUGUUCAGCCAUAACGUGGAAAUGGAAGCGCAGGAAGUCGGCGAAAGCUGCGUCAUUACUUUACUGGGGAAGGGCGCAAGAGAAGCUUCGGGUAAACUGCAGAGCCUCAUGAAUGAUCUCAGCAUAUCGCUGCGCACACAGGACGUUCCUCUGGAGGACAUGGAUCGGGAAGGUCACGCUCUUUCCACCAGGAUUCAGAAAAGGAGAGACGUUUACCAGUCGGUGGUCGUGUGGCCGCUGAACGACAAGCUCCACCUGAUCGGACCGUCCGCCCAGAGCUACCAGUUGAAGCAGAGGCUGCUGGGUGGGCCGGUCGGAAGUACGGGCAGGACGCCGGAGAUGAACUCCAAGAGCAGGAGCAGCUCUCUGCCGGCCCAACGCAAGAACACGGGGGGGGGGGGUGGCGGCGCCAUGGCGAGGUACCAGGAUGUAAAGAAGAAGUGAGGAUCCCUGAGAAAAUGGAAGGUGAUCAGUGAAGUGCUCUUCAUAAAGGGAGAGACAACACGUUCUUCUUUGCUCUACUUUGACGUUUUUAGCAGCAUAUUUCCUUCUUGUUAUGAAUUGAAUUACCUGUUAUUUGUCUAUCGGGGGUGAGUAUGCGGUCACUUGGUGAUUCAUUGACGGAUUUAGGACAUCUGAGGACGUUGCAGUUUGUUGCUUUCUUGCCAAGAGUUAGAAGAAGAAGAAAACUGACACCACUUAAGCUAUGUAGCCUUAGCAACUGGUUAGCUUAGCUUAGCACAAGUGGGGGCUAACAGCCGGGCUAGUGCAGUCCAAACGUCGCCCACCAGUACCAUCUAGAGCUUAAACCAGUUAUGUCCUGGGACCACAGCCAGCUGUUUCCAGCGGUAGCCUGUUUUUAUUUGUACACAAAUACAACAGUACCACGCAUUUGUAAUAAACCAAAAUAGGCAAAAGAGGUUUUUCAGCGUCGACUUCUUUCUAAAGACUCCUUCUAAAUGCUUGUUGUUGAAGUGCAACGUUGGAAUGGUUCUGUCGGAUUAAUGUUGCUGGGUGUGGGUAUAAUUAUUAUGGGUUCAGACCUCAACCUUACACCAUCAGGCUCAGAAUAUGUCACGGAUUAGAUGACUUAUGUCUCAACAAGAUUUGGAAAAACUUGUCCAUGCAUUUUUCUUCAGCAGACUCGACUACUGUAGCAGUGUGUUUACUUCUCUCUGUGUAAAAGGUCAAUCAGAAAGCUGCAGCUGAUCCACAAGGCUGCACCUCGAGUCCUCACUAGGACAAGGUGGAUCACAUGACUCCAGUUUUCAGUUCUUUACACUGGCUUCCUGUCAAACAAGGAAUUGACUUCAAAUCCUGCUGUUGGUUCAUAAAUCACUGAAUGGUUCGGGGCCAAUUGCUCUGAUCUGCUGAUACCUUUUGAACCGCCAUGAGACCUCAGGUUGUCUGGGACGGGUCUACCUUCUGUUCCCAGAGUUAAAACUAAACAUGGGGAAGCAGCGUUCAGUUGUUCUGCUCCACAUAUCUAGAACAAAGUCCCGGCCUUCUUGAUCAGUUUGUUAAGUCUCUCUUGCCGAGAUGCUGCAGCAGAACCUACUUCCGUAAAAGAUGGCUGAUGCGACCA